GCUCGUCAACCACCUCGGCAGCUUGCUAGCCAACAUAGCCGAAAGAUUCAAGCUAUUUAGACUCUUUCGGUCUAUAUUAGCUACCGUGUUUUAGACACAAUUCUGUCGUAUCUACAUGUUAACCUAUUUAAUUUAAUAUUACGUUAUUUUGUAUUAGUCAGCUAUAGUAGAUGGCUGGUUAAGUUAGCACUAGUCUAGUCGCUAAUGAUAGCUAGCUAGCUAACAUCCCCGAACAUGAGCUUCCUAAACUUCUCUCCUCCUGCUAAAGAAGAGGCAGUCUGCUGGACGGAGAAAGAAGCUAUGGGGCUGAACAUUGUCGUGAAAGAGGAGAAGGAAGAAGAGGCGGUCACAGUUAAAAAACAAGUAGAGGGUGAGGCUGUUACAGUGAAAGAAGAAGAGAAAGACGUUUCAGUGAAAGAAGAGGAAGGCGCGUUCAGAGUGAAAGAAGAGGAGGAGGAUGUUACUGUGAAAGAAGAGGAAGAGGAGGAUGCAGUUUUUGGAGUGAAGAAGGAAGGAGAGAUUACUGUCACAUUGAAAGAUGAAGGGGAGAUAGGAGAUCUGAGUAACACCAGAGAGAGACAUGACUACCGUGGGUCCUCUGGGGAGCCUCAACAACCUCAUGAUGCUGACAAGGCAGAGAAGAGUCUCUCCACAUUAGAACACCUCAAGAAACACCUGCAGAGAUCCACAGGGAAGAUAUCUCACUGCUGUUCUGACUGCGGGAAGAGAUUCACCUCAGCAGGCAUUAAAAUUCAUCAGAGAAUCCACACAGUAGAGAAAUCGUAUAACUGUACUCAAUGUGGGAAGAGUUUUACUCAUUCAUCCAGCCUGAUAUCACACCAGAGAACACACACAGGAGAGAAACCGUAUAGCUGUACUCAAUGUGGGAAGAGUUUUACUCAUUCAUCCAGCCUGAUAUCACACCAGAGAACACACACAGGAGAGAAACCUUAUAGCUGUACUCAAUGUGGGAAGAGUUUUACUCAUUCAUCCAGCCUGAUGUCACACCAGAGAACACACACAGGAGAGAAACCUUAUAGCUGUACUCAAUGUGGGAAGAGUUUUACUCAUUCAACCAGCCUGAUAUCACACCAGAGAACACACACAGGAGAGAAACCUUAUAGCUGUGGUGAAUGUGGGAUGAGUUUUACUCAGCAAAGCAGCCUGAUAUCACACCAGAGAACACACACAGGAGAGAAGCCGUAUAGCUGUGAUGAAUGUGGGAAGAGUUUUGAUACAUCUAGCCAUCUUACUGUACACCAAAGAUCACACACAGGAGAGAAACCGUAUAGCUGUACUCAAUGUGGGAAGAGUUUUUUUACAUCUAGCCAUCUGAAGAUACACCAGAGAAUACACACAGGAGAGAAGCCUUUUAGCUGUACUCAAUGUGGGAAGAGUUUUUUAACAUCUAGCCAGCUGAAGAUACACCAGAGAACACACACAGGAGAGAAACCAUAUAGCUGUGGGCAAUGUGGGAAGAGUUUUACUCAGCUAAGCAACCUGAUAUCACACCAGAGAACACACACAGGAGAGAAACCGUAUAGCUGUGAUGAAUGUGGGAAUAGUUUUACAAAGUUGUGUAAUCUGACACUUCACCAGAGAACACACACAGGAGAGAAACCUUAUAGCUGUGCUCAAUGUGGGAAGAGUUUUUUUACAUCUAGCCAUCUGAAUAUACACCAGAGAACACACACAGGAGAGAGACCUUAUAGCUGUGAUCCAUGUGGGAAGAGUUUUACUCAGCUAAGCAGCCUGAUUUCACACCAGAGAAUACACACAGGAGAGAAACCUUAUAGCUGUACUCAAUGUGUGAAGAGUUUUACUCACCUAAGCAGCCUGAUUUCACACCAGAGAACACACACAGGAGAGAAACCCUAUAGCUGUGAUCGAUGUGGGAAGAGUUUUACUCAGCUCAGCAGCCUGAUAUCACACCAGAGAAUACACACAGGAGAGAAACCUUAUAGCUGUACUCAAUGUGGGAAGAGUUUUACUCACAUAAGCACUCUGAUAUCACACCAGAGAACACACACAGGAGAUAAACCAUAUAGCUGUAAUGAAUGUGGGAAGAGUUUUGUUCAGUCUGGCAAUCUGACAGUACACCAGAGAACGCACACAGGAGAGAAAUUGUACAGCUGUAAUCAAUGUGGGAAGAGUUUUGUUCAAUCUGGCAAUCUGACGGUACACCAGAUAACACACACAGGAAAGAAAUCUUGAGAUAAUCUGAUACAACUCUGAUCAAGUUUUAUCUGAUCAAGUAAUAGAAAAUACAUACAUGGAGUGGUUUCAUGAUAUCAAGUAAUUCAUGUCACAAUGUGGACUGUUAACACAUUGUAGUAGGAGUAUUUUAAUAUUGUCACAAUGUAGAAGCCUAAUCGUAUGCCCCCUUAUCAUUUGAUUUCAACAUGAUAUGGAUAUUAGCCUCAGGGGGAAAAUCCAGGCUCUGAAUUGAAAGAGUACUAUUGUGAUUUAACAAAAAAAAUUACUAACAAAAAAAGAGUUGUGUUACACUUGAAUAAAAAUGCAACACUUCAAAAUGUAGCGAGCUGUUUUCUACAAAUUGUCCUCUAACCAGGGAUGUACACAUUACUCCCAGAUUCCGUGUGGUUUUUGAGCAGUUAAUUUUAACAGGAUGUCCCUCCCUCUCUCGCACAUGACAAGUAAGUGUUGCGGUUCUCUUAGUGUUGGGGACCCAUAAACUCAAAAUGUAGCUGACUGUCUUCUGCAGGUUGUCUUCUAACCAGUGAGCUAAAAGAUAUCUCCCAUUUCCAUGUCUUUUUUUUAGUUUCAACAGCAAGUACAACCUGAUUUCCCCACUAAUUGAUAUCAGUGAUGUAUUGCUGCUUGUGUCCAUGGUGAGGACAACUUGGUUUCUGAUUGUCUCAAGGUUGGGCAGUCAAAAAGAUUUGUGUUUUGUGUUUAGCCAGUGCGUUCCAUGGAUUCUUGUUUGUAAUUGUUGACUGCCAGUAGACACCAUGUUUAUAUUGGUGAAGCAUUGUAGUUGAUUAUAAUGUGAAAUGGAAGUUGUUUUCUGUUGGUGGUGCGCAAUCUCUUAAUUAAUGUGUUAGUCUUUGGUUUUUCCAUUUAUGUUUUGAGGUUGAACUUUAGCGGGUAUAGCUCGUUAGCACAUAGGGCGCACUGAUUGGUGUCACCUCGUUAGUCAGUAUGUGUUACACCUGUGCUGGCUUGUCCAUCUCGUUAGUGGGAAGGUGUUUCACCUGAGCUGGUCCAGGUUCUAUUUAAGAGUGUCUGGCCCAGUGCUCCAGUUGUCUUGAUAGAUGUGGAGAGUCAAAACCUUUAGUUCCUCCACUUUUUUGGUUUACUUCCUGUCUGUAAGUUUGGUGUGAGUUAUUGUUUCCCUCUUUUUGGGCAGAUUUAGUGGGUCUCAUGUUGUGUAUUUUAUGUCCCAGUUGUUGUUACUAGUCAACUUUCAGUGAACACAGAGCAAAACUGCAACGUUAUGUUAUAAUACUUUUAUUGGAUCAAAUAGUUGUUUUUUGCAACAUAAUAGAGUGUUCUUAUAACUAUUGCGUCUGUGUAUUCUACUGAGGAUGGUCCUCUGGGGGAUAACACUGACAGGAGCUUUACAAUGUCUUUUGGGUGAUAAAACCUAAAGUGACCGCAUUCCAGAGCAUGAGUUAAUGUUUCUGUUCUAUAUGGUACCAGGGCGAGAUGACCACAGGGCCAGACCCUGGUCUCUACACAAAGAGAGACCAGAGUACUAUUAGGGGUUCCUAUUUACAGCAGAUACUGUCUCCUGUAACCUUGUGACCCGUUCUUUAUGUCUAUUGUUGGUCUUGUAGGUUGAAAAGGGUUUAACUUGGCUAUAAAAGACCUUUGUACUUUUGUCUCGUGGCUCUCAAUAAAUAAUCUGGGGGUGGUUUGUCGACCAGCCAUUAUCUUAGAGCACUCAAUUGAUUCACUUUAUAUGUGUGCGUUGUAUUGACCUGCCCCCCUAUUAAGUGAAUAAAGAUUUAGUUUAAGAAUAACAA